UGCUGCAGCUGACAAGUUAGAUCAAGAGAAACACAGUGCAUGUUUGUCACUGGCUAUUGAUAUAUUCAACACUCAUCGUCCACUCCUCUCUCAGUCUCUCUCUGAUCCUGUCAGUGUAGCUAUUAUGCUUCAAAGAGAGGGUGUCAUAACAGGACAAGUAUUGGCUAGUGUGGAAUCAGCUAGUCCCUCUGUUCCUAAUCAACGUGAAGUCCUGUUAGCUGCCAUUAUAGUAGCUAUUGAAAGCAAGUAUAGUUUACUACAAACAUUUGCUAGUGUGUUGUGCAAGUUCACUGGUAAUGUAAAACUAGGAACAGUUAUACAAAGAGACUAUGACCAAUCCUUCAAUGAUGAUAAGAAGCUUAUUAAAGUUGUUAUUCCUGAUGAUGAUAUGAGCACUGAUACAUUAAGCACUGGAACAGCUACACCAUCACCUACUCCACCUAACACACCUACCG